AUGGCUGCUUAUUAUCCUCUUUCAACAUUUUCCAUUUUUUCUCUUCAUGUCAUCUUCAUAAGCUUGUGCUUCAAUGAGAGUUUUGGUGAUAAUGGAGGCUGGCAAAGUGCUCAUGCUACUCUUUAUGGAGGGGGUGAUGCAUCUGGUACAAUGGGGGGUGCUUGUGGUUAUGGUAAUUUAAACAGCCAAGGUUAUGGUACAAACACUGCAGCAUUAAGUACAUCCUUAUUCAACAAUGGAUUGACAUGUGGUGCUUGCUACCAACUCAAAUGCAACAAUAAUGAUGCCAAAUUGUGUCUUCCAGGAACAACAAUUACUGUCACAGCAACAAAUUUUUGUCCACCAAAUCCCUCAUUACCUAACAACAAUGGUGGUUGGUGCAAUCCUCCUUUGCAACAUUUUGAUUUGGCACAACCUGCCUUCUUGAAAAUUGCACAAUAUAAGGCUGGUAUUGUCCCAAUAUCUUUCCAAAGGGUACCUUGCAUGAAGAAGGGAGGAAUAAGGUUUACAAUAAAUGGCCACUCUUAUUAUAACUUAGUUUUAGUGACCAAUGUUGGUGGUGCUGGUGAUGUUCAUUCAGUUUCCAUUAAAGGUUCUAAAAAUGUAUGGCAAUUAAUGUCAAGAAAUUGGGGCCAAAAUUGGCAAAGCAAUGCAUAUCUCAAUGGACAAAGUCUUUCAUUUCAAGUGACAACAAGUGAUGGAAGAACUAUCACAAGCAACAAUGCUGCCCCAUCUAAUUGGCAAUUUGGACAAACUUUUGAAGGGGCUCAAUUUUAGUUUUUCAUCGUCGAAAU